GCCCCUCCCAACCUGUAGCAGUCUCAGUCAUCCUCACCGCGUGGCGUCCCGCCCCCAGCUGCCGGCAGGUGUGCGUUCAAGUUAGCACGUGGUGCUAGAUACUACUUAAGGGCCCACCUUCUCUUGUUUGCAGCUGCCGCCUUCUCCUGCCCUGUCCUACCGGAGCUGCCGGAGGCUCGCGGGUCUCAGAACGCAUCACGCCGCUGGGGUUGGAGCCGUGGCAUGGGCUCCGCCGGCCCCCUCUGGGUUUUCUUGGCUCUCAUCGUGCCAGGGGUCCUCGGUCAGUGUAAAUUCCUGCCAAAGUAUCCUUUUGCUAAGCCUAAAAUUCAGAGUGAUCAGUCUGAGUUUGCUGUUGGGACAACUUGGGACUAUGAGUGCCUUCCUGGGUAUACCAAGAGGUCAUUCUCUAUCACCUGCUUAGAGACCUCCAAGUGGUCAGAUGCUCAGCAAUUAUGUAAACGCAAAUCAUGUGUGAGUCCUAGAGAACUCCUCCAUGGCUCUGUCCUCGCACCCAUGGGUAUCGUGUUUGGGUCAACAAUUACAUAUUCUUGUAAUAAAGGAUAUCGACUCAUUGGUGAUCCAUCUGCUACAUGUAUUAUCUCAGACAAUAUUGUAACCUGGGAUAAGGACAUGCCUAUCUGUGAAUCUAUUCCUUGUGAGUCACCCCCAGCCAUCCCCAAUGGAGACUUUUACGGCAAUGACGAGAACUUUUACUAUGGAAUGGUGGUUACUUAUGAGUGCCAUGUUGGGAAGAAUGGGAAAAAGCUAUUUGAUCUUGUGGGUGAGAAGUCAAUAUAUUGCACCAGCAAAGAUAAUCAAGUUGGCAUCUGGAGCAGCCCUCCCCCUCAGUGUAUUCCUGUAGUCAAAUGCCCAAUGCCAGAUGUUGAAAAUGGAAUUAUGGAAUCUGGAUUUAGGCGUUCGUUUUCCUUAAAUGAUUCUGUGAUGUUUACGUGUAAGCCUGGCUUUACCAUGAAAGGCAGCAACAUAGUGUGGUGCCAACUAAACGGUGAAUGGAAUCCUCCACUGCCAAGGUGCUCCAAGGGGUGUCUACCACCUCCUCAUAUCCACCAUGGUAAUUAUAACAAAAUGGAUGAGGAAUUCUUUACAGUUGGACAGGAAGUGUCCUACAGCUGUGAGCCUGGCUACGCUCUCAUUGGAACUAACUCUGUGCAGUGUACAUCCUUGGGAACCUGGAGCCGUUCAGCCCCCAAAUGUGAAGUGAAAUCGUGUGAUGCCAUUCCAAACCAGCUUCUCAACGGUCGUGUGGUAGCUCCUCCUAAUUUCCAGCUUGGGGCAGAGGUUUCCUUUGUUUGUGAUGAGGGGUACCGGUUAAAUGGCUCAUCUUCUAGUCAGUGUGUCUCAGAAGGAAUGAGAGUACUCUGGAAUAAUAAGUUUCCUGUCUGUGAACGGAUUUUUUGUGACCCUCCUCCCGCUAUCAAAAAUGGACGGAAUAGUUAUUUUUCUGGUCCCAUACCUGUUAACUCUGUGGUGAGGUACAGCUGUUCGAAUUCCUUCCGCCUCAUUGGAGAAAGGAUUCUUUUUUGUAUAAGUAAAGACAAAGUGAAUGGAUUCUGGGAUAAAGCUGCUCCUGUCUGUGAAUAUUACGAUAAAAAUUCUAUUUGCCCUGAGCCCACAGUACUAGGGGGACACAAAAGUAGAAUAUCUAGACCACCAUACAGACAUGGUGAUUCGGUGACCUUUACCUGUAAUGCCAACUUCACGAUGAAAGGAAACAAAACAGUUUGGUGCCGAGCAAAUAAAACCUGGGGACCGACACCACUACCAACCUGUGAGAGUGAUUUCCCACUGGAGUGCCCAUCACUCCCCACAAUCGCCCAUGGCCGUCACACAGGGGAGGAUGUUGCCUCCUUUGCCCCAGGAUUUUCUGUGACUUACAGCUGUGAGCCUGGGUACUUGCUUCUUGGAGAAAAGACCAUUCGCUGCUUGUCUUCAGGAAACUGGAAUGCUGUCAGUCCCACGUGUAAAGAGGCAGAGUGCCAACCUCCAGGACCAUUUCUUAAUGGGCAGAUAAAGAAGUCCGAGAGUCUACGGGUUGGUGAGACUGUGCACUUUUCUUGUAAUGAAGGGUAUCGAUUACUAGGCUCACCUUCCAGCCAGUGUGUAAUUGUUGGACAGCGUCCUUUUUGGACCAAGAUGCCCAUAUGCGAAAAAAUUUUUUGCUCACCACCUCCUCCUAUUCGCAAUGGAAGACACACUGGCAGCUCUUCUGUGAACAUUCCCUAUGGGAGCAGUGUCACUUACACUUGUGACCCGGGCCCAGAGGAAGGAGUAAACUUCAUCCUCAUUGGAGAGAGCACCAUCCAUUGUACCACUGAUAGUCAGAAGAAUGGGAUCUGGAGUGGACCUGCCCCACACUGUGGCAUAGGUCUCGGUCAGUGCCAAGCUCCGAGACAGCUUCCAUUUGCCAUGCCUACAAAGCUGAUUGACAAAGAUGAGUUUCCCAUUGGGACAUCUCUGAAAUAUAAAUGCCGCCCUGGUUACUACAGCAGAAUAUUCUCUAUUACCUGCCAGAAAAACUCUUUCUGGUCAAUCCCUGAAGGCAACUGUAAACGUAAAACAUGUGGAACUCUUGCAGAACUCGUAAAUGGCAAAAUGGAGAUAGACAAAGACAUGCAGUUUGGAUCAACUGUUCAUUACUUUUGCAAUGACGGGUAUCGACUUAUUGGCCAAUCCUCAGCUACAUGUGUCAUCUCAGGCAAUUCUGUCAUCUGGGAUAAUGACCCACCUACUUGUGAGAGUAUUCCUUGCGGGCCACCCCCGGCCAUCGCCAAUGGAGAUUUCAUUAGCAGUAAUAGAGAAUAUUUCCCAUACGGAACAGUGGUGACCUAUCGCUGCAAUCUUGGAGAUAGAAGGAUGAAGUUUGAGCUCGUGGGUUCACCGUCAAUAUAUUGCACCAGCAAAGACAAUCAAGUUGGCAUCUGGAGUGGCCCUCCCCCCCAGUGCAUUAUACCUAAUAAAUGCACACCUCCAGAGGUUGAAAAUGCAUUCAGGAUAUCUGAGAAGAAAAGCCUAUUUUCCUUAUAUGAAACUGUGCAGUUUACGUGUCAACCUGGCUUUAUCAUCAAAGGACCCUCCACUGUUCACUGUCACGCACAAAACAAAUGGGGGCCGGAGUUGCCCAGCUGCUCCAGGAUAUGUCAGCUACCUCCAGAAAUCCCGCAUGGUAAACACAAUGCAGGCCAGAGGAACACUUUUUCCACUGGGCAGGAAGUGUCCUACAGCUGCCAGCCCGGCUAUGAUCUUAGAGGGGCUGCUUCUCUGCGCUGUACAUCCCAGGGAGACUGGAGCCCAGAAGCCCCCAGAUGUGCAGCGAAAUCAUGUGCUGACUUCUUGGACCAACUCCCUAAUGGACGUGUGCUCUUUCCACUGAAUUUCCAGCUUGGGGCAAAAGUGUCCUUCGUUUGUGAUGAGGGAUACCAAUUAAAAGGCAGUUCUACUAGUCAUUGUGUCUUGGUUGGAAUGGAAAUUUUUUGGAACAGCAGUGUCCCUGUGUGUGAAAAAAUUUUGUGUCCAUAUCCUCCUGAUAUCCUUAAUGGGAGACACGGCACACCUCUGGAAGUCUUUCCUUUUGGAAAAGAAGUAACCUACACAUGUGACCCACACCCAGAGAGAGGAAAGAUCUUCAGCCUCAUUGGGAAGAGCACCAUCCACUGCACCAGCGACAGUCAAGGGAAUGGAAUUUGGAGCGGCCCCGCCCCUCACUGUGGAGUUCAGGGUCACUGUAAUGCUCCAGAUCAGUUUCAGUUUGCCAAGCUGAAAAGCCAAACCAAUGCAUCUAAGUUUCCCAUUGGGACAUCUUUAAAAUAUGAAUGCCAUCCCGAGUACUACAAGAUGUCAUUCUCUAUCAAGUGCCUGGAAAACCUCACGUGGUCAAGCGCCAUUGAUGUCUGUAAACGUAAAUCAUGUGAAACUCCUUCAGAUCCUGUGAAUGGCAUGGUGUAUGUAAAUACAGAUACCCAGUUUGGAUCCAGAAUUAAUUUCUCUUGUAAUACAGGAUAUCGACUCAUCGGGCACUCAUCUACUGAAUGUGUCCUCUCAGGCAAUACUGUCUUUUGGGAUGCAGAGCCACCAAUUUGUGAACGUAUCCCUUGUGGGCCACCCCCAGCCAUCGCCAAUGGAGAUUUCAUUAGCAGUAAUAGAGAAUAUUUCCCAUACGGAACAGUGGUGACCUAUCGCUGCAAUCUUGGAGAUAGAAGGAUGAAGUUUGAGCUCGUGGGUUCACCGUCAAUAUAUUGCACCAGCAAAGACAAUCAAGUUGGCAUCUGGAGUGGCCCUCCCCCGCAAUGCAUUAUACCUAAUAUAUGCACAGCUCCAGAGGUUGAAAAUGCAUUCAGGAUAUCUGAGAAGAAAAGCCUGUUUUCCUUAGAUGAAACUGUGCAAUUUAGGUGUCAACAUGGCUUUGUCAUGAAAGGACCCUCCACUGUUCAAUGCCAGGCACAAAACAAGUGGGGACCAGAGUUGCCCAGCUGCUCCAGGAUAUGUCAGCCACCUCCAAAAAUCCUUCAUGGUAAACACACCCCAAGCCAUAGGAACUACUUUUCUCCUGGGCAGGAAGUGUCCUACAUCUGUGAGCCUGGCUAUGAUCUUAGAGGGGCUGCUUCUCUGCGCUGUAUGCCCCAGGGAGACUGGAGCCCAGCAGCCCCCAGAUGUGCAGCAAAAUCAUGUGCUGACUUCUUGGAUCAACUCCCUAAUGGACGUGUGCUCUUUCCACUGAAUUUCCAGCUUGGGGCAAAAGUGUCCUUUGUUUGUGAUGAGGGGUACCAGUUAAAGGGAAACUCAGCCAGUUACUGUAUCUCAGUUGGAAUGAAAAGCCUUUGGAAUAACACUGUUCCUGUGUGUGAACGUAUAUCUUGUGAGCCACCGCCAGCGGUAGCCAAUGGAGAAUUCUACAGCAGCAACGGAAGUGUUUUUCAAUAUGCAGCAGUGGUAACUUAUCAGUGUCACACUGGGCCAAAUGGAGAAAAGCUUUUUGACCUUGUGGGAGAACAGUCCAUAUACUGUACCAGCAGAGACAAUCAACGUGGAGUUUGGAGCAGCCUUCCUCCUCAGUGUAUUUCUGUGAAUAAAUGCACAGCUCCAGAAGUUGAAAAUGGAAUUAGAGACUCAGGAAAUAGGAGUUUACUUUCCUUAAAUGAGGUUGUGAGAUUUACGUGUCAGCCUGGCUUUGUCAUGAGAGGGUCCAACACUGUUCAGUGCAAGGUCAACAACACAUGGGUGCCUGAGCUGCCAAGAUGUUCCAGGGUAUGUCAGCCACCUCCAGAAAUCCUGCAUGGCAAACACACUUCAAGCCACAGGGAUGACUUUUUUCCUGGGCAGGAAGUAUCUUUUAGCUGUGAGCCCGGCUAUGAUCUCAGAGGGACUGCUUCUCUGCACUGUACACCCCAGGGAGACUGGAGCCCAGCAGCCCCCAGAUGUGCAGUGAAAUCAUGUGCUGACUUCCUGGACCAGCUCCCUAAUGGACGGGUGCUCUUUCCACUGAAUUUCCAACUUGGGGCAAAAGUGUCCUUCAUUUGUGAAGAGGGGUUCCGAUUAAAAGGCAGCUCUGCUAGCCAUUGUGUCUUGGUUGGAAUGAAAACCCUUUGGAACAGCAGUGUUCCUGUGUGUGAACAAAUAUUUUGUCCAAAUCCUCCGGCUAUCCUUAAUGGGAAACACACAGGAACUUCUCUGAAAGAUAUUCCCUAUGGAAAAGAAAUUAGUUACAUGUGUGACGCCCACCCAGCCAAAGGAAUGAUCUUCAGCCUCAUUGGGAAGAGCACCAUCCACUGCACAAGUGACAGUCAAGGGAAUGGGGUUUGGAGCGGCCCCGCCCCUCGCUGUGAACUUUCUGGUCCUUCUGCUUGUCCACAUCCACCCAAGAUCCAUAAUGGCCACCAUAUUGGAGGACACGCUUCUCCAUAUCUUCCUGGGAUGAUAGUCAAAUACACUUGUAACCCAGGCUACAUGUUGGUGGGAAAGGCCUUCAUCUUCUGUACACACCAGGGAACCUGGAGUCCAUUUGAUUCUUAUUGCAAAGAAGUAAAAUGCAGCCUCCCACAGAUUAUGAAUGGAAUCCAGAAGAAAUUAGAAGUGAGAAAAGUCUAUCAGUAUGGAGAUAAUAUAACUUUGGAGUGUGAAGAUGGGUAUACUAUGGAAGGCAGUCCCUCGAGCCAGUGCCAGGAAGAUAACAUGUGGAACCCUCCUUUGGCCAUAUGUACAUCUCGCACACGUGAUUCUCUCAUAGUUGGCAUGUUCUUCUCUGGUAUGAUCCUUCUUAUCUUACCCAUCAUUCUUUCCUGUUGGAUAAUUCUAAAGCGCAAAAAAAGCAAUAAUACAGAUAAAAAAUCAAAAGAAAUCAUUAUCCACUUACAUCCCCAAGAAGGCAAUGAUGUUCAUCCUCAAACUCUGCAAAUGAACGAGGAAAAUAUCAGAAUGGAGUAUAUCGAUGGAGAAUGUGAAUAAAAAAUAUCUGCUAUGUGUCACUUGUUAAUUGCAAGAAAUCUGGUGUACUGUCCAUGAGCAACUGCGGUGAAUAAUGGCUUAAUCCUUACAGAACUGGAAUGGCAAGCAAUAUUUUUUUUCUAUACAUUACUGACUAUGGCCAAAAUACUAUAUUGCCUUGCUUAAGUUGUAUGAUUGAGCAAUUCUGUUCCCCACUGGCCUUACAUAUUUCAUCUAAAGACCAGGGACUGGACCAAUGGAUCUGCAAUGCUACUAUCAGUGCUAACACUGUAAUUUUGUUUUGGUUCACUUGCCUUUUUGUGCAACUGUAUGAAUGUAACAUGUAAGUUAAGUCUAUGAUGUUUAAAUGUAAUUUUAUAUCUCCAGCAUUAUAAUAAGAAAAGAAUAAAAGAUUUUAUCUUGGCAAA